AUGACCGUGCCGCCCGGGGCAGCCGCAAGGCAGGCUGGCGCAGCAGCAGGCGCCGUUCGCCCGCGGGCGGCCCACCCCCACGACGCCUCGCGGGCGACCGCCCUGGCGGCACUGGGCGAGGAGGGCGUCUCCCGCAGGCCCCUCCGCGCGGCCGCCGCCCUCGGCGCCGCGGCGGUGCUCGCCGGCGCCCACCGAGGCGUACUUCAGAACGGCGCGUUUGCGGAGAGCCAUGGCCAGGCCGUGACCGCGGUCUGCGGCGAGUGUGGCGCGCCGCCGUGGCCUGCCGGGCAGAUGGGCGGGACCAGGCUGUCGGUGGCGCAGCAGCAGUUCAUCGGGGACUGCAAGAGCAUCGAUGAGGAGGUCAGCGAGCCUGUAGAGGAGCCGACGAAGGCGUUCGGUGAUCAGGUCGCCCGCGUGCUCGAUCCGAGCAUGGACGCGCUGUCGUCGGAGCGUGUCGGGAUCACGGUCCACAUGCCGAUGGGCGGUGUCGUGGUCCAGACUGUACGCAAGGAGCUCCCUGCAGUCCCUGUCUUCCCCGUGCUGGGCAAGUGCGGCCUGGCCGAGGACGAUCGGGACGUCGAGGCUCUUCUCGAGGAGGCGGUCAAGCUGGAGGCCGCGAAGGUCGAGGCGAAGACCGUGAAGGUGGCGAUGGCGCAUCAUGUCGAUAGCAUCGAGGUGCCGAACGCCUCUGCUUGGAGGACCGAGAAGACCGUGAAUGUGCCGAUGGCAGAGCACGUCGAGGACAUCUUUCACGUGCCGGUGGGCGUGACCCAGGAGUCCGAAGAGACCGAGAAGAUCGUGAAGGUGCCGAUGGCAGAGUACGUCGAGAACAUCGUUUACGUGCCUCCGGGCGUGACCCAGGCGUCGGCGGCGGGCGCCUAUGAGAGCGCUGCGGCGGGCUCCGAGCAGGACGACGACGCCCACGAGUACGAAAAGGAGGCGGUGAAUGAGCUGGACGACGUGAUGAAGGCCACGGUCGCGGCCAACCAGCUGGCGCACGCGAGGGCGGCCGAUCCGGCGGCAUGCCGCCGCGCCCAGUGGCGGCUCGAGCACGACGAGCUGGAGGACGCAGCGGUCUUCGGUACCGCGGUGCUGGCGGCCCCACGGGUGGCCACCCCCCAGCGCGAGACGAUGGUGGAGGCGGAGGUGCUGACGGGGCUGGCCGAGGACGAGAGCCAAGGAGGCGAUGUGAUCUACGCAGACGCCCCAGGCGGCCUCUGCGACCAGAUCGUGCAGGCCUGCGACCCCCCCGAGCCUGGCUCCGAGGAGCACGAGACUGCGCUCGCGAGGGUGCUGGAGGGGUUCGGGCUCGCAGUCGACGGCUUCCGCUCCAUGCUCACGUCGCCCGUGGGCAAGAAGCGGCUGGUAACCUUCGAGCAGGGCGGCUGGGGCGCGGGCCUGUACGACUGGCUCCACAGGGCGGCGGACGUGGUCAACCGGGGGUUCUCGGGCUACCGCACGGGCUGGGUGAGGUCCGUUUUGCCCGGGGCGCUGGGCGCGGCCAGCAGUUUUGUUUCCUCCGCAUCCUGGCGGUGGUGCUGCUCUUCGGGGACUGCGAGCCAGAGGGCGCUGGCCAGCUCGACGGCGUGGAGCAGUACGCGGCAGACUUGGGGCCAUGAUCUCGAUGGUCCGGGCGGCCGCUCCAGAGGCGGCCGUCGUCGCCAUCACUCCCCAGGUCCCCCUCCGCCGGACCCGGUUGGCGCGCCGGCCCGGGUCGUGGACCUGGCCAGGCGGCGCGCCGCGGCGGUGCGGGCCAUGCCCGCCGACGCGGUGGUGGACCUGUGGGACGAGGCCCUUCUCUUCCACGGCCUCGGGGCGGCCGGCUCCCGCAAGCUGCUGGUGCUGCUGAAGCGGGCCCUGCGGCGCCUGCCCGGGCUGCAGCCGCGGGCGGGCGGCCGGGGGCGCCUGCCGCUGCCCGCGCAGUACCCGCACUGGGGCGAGCUGGGCGGCCGCGACCCGCGGCAGGCGGAGCGCGCGCUGUCGUUACUUGUAAAGGCAUCGAGUUUCAUGCCGCGGGUUCUCGCGAUGGAGACCGCUCGCGCGCGCAAGCCGCUCCGCAAGGGGGUCGCCCGCCGGCAGUCGAUCAGGUCCUUGGACUCGCCCCUGGAGCGGCAGCUCGCCAGGGUCAAGGCCGAGGAUCAGCCCGUGUUCGUGUCGGUGACCUCGUCCAGGAGGCCCUGGCGGGCCGCGGUGGGCGAGCUGGUCCAGGAGCUCCAGUACGUUGCCCGCAAUACGCCUGAUCGCAAGUGGGAUUUCGCCAUUGCGUUCAUCACGGGCCAUCCCGAGGAUGACGUUGUCCUCGAGGCAACGCGGCUUCUGGACAAGCGGUUGGGCACUGACGGCUGCCUCCUAGGAGUUGAUGCGGAAUUCGCCAACGGCACUCUUAUUCCAGAGGGUCCUGAUUCGCAGGAGAAGACUGUGUCCGAGGAAACCACCGCGCAGUGCAACAUCACGGUCACGGCGAUGCGCCUGCCGCGUGAUAAGGACGGCAGCCUCUACGACGGUGUCCAGGGGGCGCGACCGUUUGCCAUCGGCAAGGAGGAGCUCAUGGAGAUCUCGAUGCUGACGCUCAAGCUGCAGGAGACCCCAGGGGCGCAAGUUUACAACCAGACUGGCGUGAACAACGCCACUCCUUUGGCCUGGCGACAAUACCUGGGGAUCGAGGAGGAGCCGCAGGGUAUCCUCCUCUUCGCGGACCCGGGGGCCUCGGACUACACCAUGAAGCAGGCAACGAGCGAGGCCUGCUUGCUCAGUGCCCAUCUGCCCGACCUGCCCGCCGCUUGUGAGGUCGUGGUGCCGCCAUGCACCUUCCCACGCGUCAAGGGUGUGGUUUGCCAGCAGGUACGGCUGAGCGUUCACGUCGAAGUUGAGCUGCUCCUGCUUGGCUGGUGCCCACAUCCCGUGGAAGCCGAGGUCCUUGGCGCGGUGCUGGAACUCCCCGAGGCGUGA